UGUGCGAUGCUUUGGUAAUACAGUAACUCCUUGUGCAGCAGUAUUUUUCUCAGCCUCGGUGAAAACAUGCUACAGAGUUUGCAGUCCUGUCCCCGGCACUUGCUGGUUUGCGAGAAGUCCAACUUCCUGCAAGAGAAAUCCAGACAUUCGGCUCACGUGGAAACCCAUUACUUUAACUGCUCGGCAUCUGUUUUGCUACCUGAAUGUGGGUCUUUACCUGAACAGAUUAAAAACACUAUUGAAAGCUUUGGAAAUUAUUAUGUUGUGAAGAAUCUCCCCUUAUAUGAGUUUAUAACCCAAGACUUUAUUAACAAAUUUAUAAAGAAGGGUUCUUUUUAUGCUCUUUCAUAUCAAACAAGGAUUGACCAGGAUAAUACUGCAGCUCUCCUACCAACAGGAAAGCUACUUAUAUCUGUAGCCAAGGACACUUAUGAGGAGUUGGGUCUUCAAGGCAAGCCAUCUCUAUAUUCUGGAAAACAUGCCAUGCGUUAUAUUGUCAGUGUUGACCUGACAGACAGAUCUCUUACCACUGAAGGAAAGAAAUUCCAGCGUGUGCACUGGUGUCUAGCUGAAAAGAAGCCGUUAGCAUUUGAUUUUCUCCUAGCUUCGGACAAUGAAGAAACCCCAUCAAUACUUUCUUAUUUUUCAAAGUAUGACAUUAAGGAGUGCCCCUACAAAGUCUCUUCCACAAUUUCCAGGAACUUGCAUUGUCCUGUGAUAAAGAGUGGGCAGUUACAGGGUUCACCCGGGGAAUCUUGUGGUUCCGAGGAGCUGUUUGAAUGGCUUGGUGCAGUAAGCAAUAACAUUGACUGUAAUAACGAGUCAUCCAGCUUCAUUUCUGCCUAUUGCUGCCCAGUCCCAAAUACCAUAGUGGAACAAGCUCAUUUGUGUACAAUAACUGGGUUUAUAACGCCAAAUAAAAUAAAUCAAAUACUGCUUUAUUUACGUGAGUAUUUUGCUGAACCCAAGCUGGCACCUUGGGUGUCCCUGAUGGUCCAUGGAUUUGCAGACAGCCCUGUUUCAUGGAAAGAAAAUGAACAUGGAUUCUGCAAGGGUGGUGAAAAUUUAUACAGCUUUGUUGUCUUUAACAAUCAGGACUACUGGAUUCACAUGGCUGUUGGAACUUUUGAUGGCUGCCCUCCUUAAUAUCAUAUUUUAGAAGCAGCUUUUUGGAAUACAGAAUUUUGUUGAAAUUUGAAUCUGAAAUAUUUAUUCUGUGAAUGGAAUAUUUGUGCUAGAUAUGUUUUGGACCUUAAAAAAAUAAAAGGGCAGUUUUUUUAUUAA